AUGGGGGACUACUCGUGCCACUCGCUGGUGAACAUGGGGCCUCAGGGCCGGUGGCGCAAACCGCUGCUGAUCACGAUUCCCAUCAUAGUCCUGUUUAUGAUCUACAGCUCCGGCUUCAGCUACACGCCAGCCAGUGCAGCAACAGCUACAGACCUCCCCGCCGCCCAGAAUGUCUCGCUCCUCGAGACAGACCCUAGCAUGCCCGCCAUCAUCAAAGCCCUCUACGGCCCCAUCCUGCACCCCAUCGACGCUGCCAACUUCACCGACGAGGACGGCGAUGUAUACCACCUGCAUGGCAAGCCCAAAUUCACCAAGAAGCUGGGCAAGAAGGUGCUCAUCCUGGACAUCGACAGCAGGCCGCUCACCGGCGAGGGCCAGCUCAUGAACAAGGAGCUGAAAUGGAAGGGCAUGCGACCGCUCUCUGCGGGCAUGCUCAGCCACUACAUGUUUGCAAGCAUCCACGGCUACGACUACAAGUUCAUCCGCGCACCGGACUACGCCGACCGCUGGGGCACAUGGGUCAAGGUGCCCAUGAUGAAGGAAGCCCUCAAGACGCACGAUUACAUUGUCUUCAUGGACUCGGAUGUCAUGUUCCACUACCCCCACCUGCCGCUCGAGUGGCUGCUGAACUACUGGAACAUGACCGACGACACGCUGGCCAUGAUGUCCAUCGACCCCAACGAGCCGCAGAACUACGACGCCAAGGGCAACCGCUACCUGAACACCGGCUUUGUUAUUGCCCGCCAAAGCAAGCGCACACAGGACAUGUACAAGGCCUGGGCCGAGUGCCCCUCGGAGACCAAGUACAAGGGCUGCGCAAGAUGGAAGCUGGACUGGGCGCACGAGCAGGCUGCCUUCGGCAACUACCUUCGAUACGACUACGACCGACCAGACGAUAUCCGCGUUCUUCCCUGCGUCGAGGCCAACGGCGCGCCUGAAGCUGAGAACCGCGGCGGAUGCAAGGGCAUUUUCGUCAGGCAUUUCUGGGUGGACAAGAGCCUUGUAGCCAAGAACCUCGCCGACUCUGUCAUGCAAUACUUCCUACCGAGGCUACACCAGUUAUAUCUCUCGACUGCAAGCGAACACAUUGUCGAUGCAAAGGGCUUCAAGCUCGAAGGAGCAGAGCUGGUCGAGUUGACUGAUGAAGAGAAGGAGGCCAAGAAGAAGGAUGGCAACAAGAACCAAAAGGACGAAGGUUAUUAG